CUCAAACCCCGGAAACAGUACUCGGUUUUGGUGACGCUGCAUAAGACUGCAAGACAUGGACCGGUCCAGUAAGUGGAUUUUAUCGGUAUUGUUCAGUGUAAUUUAGCAAAUGGCUUUUAAAUUUUAGCUUUUUGUCUCAUUGGAUGAAUUCCUGCUUGUAAGAGGUGGUUAAAAAAGAACACCGAGCUGCAGUUUGUUGCAUCGUUAAGCUAGCUAGCUUGUGUGUGAGCAGUGAACGUCUCAAUGAAUGAGCUCGAACCUUCAAACCGGAUCUUACAUGUCUCAGAGUCUUCUUACUUCUGCAAAGAAUCGUUAUUGCUCUUUCCCAUCAGUCGGAAGGUUCAUUUUUUCCCCCUCUCUCUGUCUCGCAGGAUUGUUGUUUCUUCUCAGCCUGGUUCUAUGUGGAGCUCAGGCUCUCACACCGGCUCAUUACCUCUCCCUGUCGGACGUGUCCCGGCUGCAGAACCUUCUGAGCCAGCCCUUCACCGACCUGGAGUCCGCUUACUACUCUGUGGUUGGACUGGCGCAGCUUGGAGCCUCUGCCCCGGACCACACGGUAAAUUCAUACAGUACAAAUGACAAUGACGGAUUUUAUUGACAAUGAACACACGAGGAAGUCCGGACAAGUCACGGUACUGAUAACUUUUAACACAAAAAAAGACCCCCAUCCAAGACCAAAGGAAAAUGAUAGCUCAGAAAGUUCAAGUUUUCUUUAACACAAUACAUAAAAGAGCACGUGACAUCCUUGUAAGUAUGUCCUUCUUUAAUACUACUGCACCUGUAAGGAAAUACCGUUCAGUAAUAUGGUGUUUUACAGUGAGUUGCAUUUGUCCUAUACUCGUGAACGCACCAUAGACGUUUUCGAUAUAUAUCGUUUUAUCGCCCAGCACUACCUGGACCCUCUAAUGCAGGGGUGUCAAACUCAACCACAGCAAGGGCCAUAAUCUGGAUUUAGGUCUAACCUGAGCACCAAACAGGGUCAACAUUACGGAUGUUCCCAGCAGUUAAUUAAAUGAUGACAUUUAAAUGACCAUUUUGAAACCAAAAAUUCGAAUACACGAAAAUUAAUUAACUGCCAGAAAAUAGCCCAAAUUGAGCACAUUUCGAUCUAUAUGGCCAGAUAUCAUCUGAAAUAAAUAUUAAGAGUAUAUGAAAGCCAUGCUUAUAAUAUUAAAAUAUGUUACAGAAUCUUAUUUUAGUGCUGGAGAAUGACAUAAAGUACGUGAAAGAUCAAAGCAAUUAAGCUCCACUCUGCUGCGCUCAAGCCAAGCAGACACUUGUGAGCCAUCUUUAUCUAAAUCAAAAUACUCCCAAACUUUGCUCUUUUUUCUCACCAACAUCGCUCUGGCUGAUCGCAUGUGUUGAUUCACUCUGAGGAAGUUAACCCACGAUGCCAUGCAUGCUGCAGGCCAGCGCUGCGAGACCAGAGCAGCGAGCCAGGCAGAAAGAGUCGCACGCAAAUGAUCCACACAUUUUAGCUUGUUUGAAUAACUUUCGUAGAUGCAACCAUCUUGUUUCCACCUCCGAUGCUUUCUUUCCGACUUAGUGACUGAAACGUUGGUAAUUCGGGUGUGACAUCAUUCCCAGCUCGAACUUCUGACUUCUGAGGUAACUCGAGCGCAGCAUAAGUCCUGUUAGUCCUAGUUCCAUUUAAACUAAGGAUUAUGAGUAAAAUCAUUUUUAGACAGAAAUUCUUUGAAGACAUGAAAAAAUCUGCAACUAAACUUCUUAUUCAAUUGACUUGUACACAGUAACCUGUAAGUUUAGAAAAGUAGCUCAGGUGUUCAGUCAAAAUUCAAUCAUUUGGGUCUUAAAUGUUUCAUAAAACUGUGACUCUCAGUGUUCUUACGUUUGAUGAAAUGUUGGUUUGUCUUUGUAGGAAGUAUGCCAGUUCCUCAAAUCUCAGCUCGAUCCCACAAGUGUUGACUCCCUCUUCUUCGCUGCAGAGACCAGUCAAGCAAUUUCAGGAUGUGAGGUAUGCAACAAUGUUCUCAAUGUACUUGUGAUCAAUAAUAUUUUUCAAGCAACGGUUCAGACAUUUAAAUCCGUAUGUGUUUGACCCAAAUAUUUAUCGGGGAAAGUGGACAAUGAGGCCUUAUAUUGCAAACUCUAAAGAGAUAUUUGUUCAUCUCGUAGAUCCCGGUGUCCAAUGAAACCCGUGACAUCCUCCUGGCAGCGGUCAGUGAAGAUUCAACCAUGGCUCAGAUUCAUCGGGCCGUGAGUGCCCUCAGCUCUCUUGGGCUGCCAAUGGCUUCUCAGGAAGUGAUAGGUGCCUUGACAGCUCGCAUCAACAAGGAAGACAACGUCGUGGCGUAAGUGGUGGUCAGAGGGGGAAGAUGGCUCUCUCCAUAGAGGAUCCUGGCGUCCAGCACGCAUGAGCUGAUGAGUUUUUGUCAUCUAACUUCUGUUCUCUCUUUUGACAGGAUCACUCUGGCUCUGCAAACAGCGGCUCGUCUGUCCCAGCAGGCAGAAGUUGGAGGAAUCCUAGAGGAGAUUGAGGUGAGUUUCUUUUAACUUCCACUAGGCGGUGCUGUGUUGUUGUCUAACUCAAAGCAAGACUCCGCCACGAGUCUUCAUUGUGUGCUGAGAUUCUUAUUCGCUGGCUAAGCUUUUUUUAAACCCCUUAGGAUCUGACAGCUCGUUUGGAUGACCUCGGUGGGAUCUACCUCCAGUUUGAAGAAGGACUUGAGGCAACUGCCAUGUUUGUGACUGCUGCUUAUUCCCUGUCAGACCAUGUGGAUAUGGAGCCCCCUCUGAAGGAGGUAUCACUCUAUUCAUUGGGUUUUGUUUAUGGGGUCAGUUUCUCAGCAUGUUAUAUUCUUGUGUUAGUGUCUAAUUUGAAGAUGUUUUCACCCCGCAGGACCAGGUCAUCCAGCUGGUGAACUCCAUCUUCAGCAAAAAAUCCUGGGACUCUCUGUCUGAGGCCUUCAGUGUGGCAAGUGCUGCCGCUGCUCUCUCCACCAACCGCUUCCAUGUACCAGUCAUUGUCAGUGCGCAGGGUCCAGCCACAGUGUCUCACAGCCAGCCAACCCUGCAGGUACAGAUGACAGAUAUUAACAAGACUGCUGUCAUGAAUAUCGGAAUACCCGCGCACAUCCCUAAUUGGAGUACUGAUAUCAGAGAUUUAAGAUGCAUAUAUUCAAUAUUCUUCUUUUUUGCUGAUAUCGGGGCGAUAUCCAAUAUCCGGUAUCAAUAUCGCAUUGGGACACCUCUACAAGAAAUUAAAAUACAGUUGAAAAAAUUGUAAAAAUCGCAAUUUAUGGUAUCACAAUACUCACUGUAUAGCAAUAUGUUUAAAAUAGCUAUAAUAUCGAAUUGUGGCCCAAGUAUCGUGAUAAUAUCGUAUCACGGGAUCACAAGUGAUUCCCACCCCUAGUAACCACCUUUAUUGUUCUGCUUCACAGCUCCUCGUCACUGAUGUCAUGUCUCAGCCUCUUGCCACGGCCAAUGUUCUGGUGGAGUCUGCAUAUGCUGUGGCCUCUAAGAGUGUCAUUCUCAGCCAAGCACCAUUCACACUCAAUGAGUAUGUAUCAUAUGAGAGAGAGAUGUCUUUGCAUGAACAUUUAUUGAUAACUUAAAAGUUAUUCCUGAAGGUUGUGAAAACAAACACACACUUUUACCUCUCCAUUAUUCAUCACACAAAGUUCAGACAUUGUUUGUCAUGAAUAUAUUUUGUGUUGUUAAUCUAACAUCAGUUUAUUGAUCGAUUGAAAAGUGUGAAAUCACAAGAGUUCUUGACCUCUCCUUCAACCAUUUGCAGAGCUCCGUUUAGGCGACACUAUAUUCAUUUUUCUCCCUUUUUUUCAGCGGCGUCUUUGAACUGAAUUUCAUGUCCAAUCAACCAGCCAGUGGAUAUUACCAGUUUACUGUAGCAGUGACCGGUGAUAGCCGUCUGGUUGCCAACCAUGUAGAGGUGAGAAAGUUGGAAUAUAAAAAUGAAUUAGCGGAAGGUUUCCUGGUUAUGAGUUAUCUUACUUCCUGAGUAGGGAUGGGAAUUGAUAAGAUUUCAUCUAUUGAUUCUGCUUAUCGAUUCAAUUCUUUUAAUGAUUCCCUUAUCGAUGCCUUUCUUUAAAAUUAAAAAAAAAAAAAAAAAGUAGACUAUAGGUUUUCAUCAUUAACUCAGAAUUUCAUUGAGUGUCCGAUGACAGAAAAAGAUGAACGCCACCGUCAGUGAGUCUUAAAAUAAUCAAACUAUUUGUACAGCAUUUACUUCAGUCGGUAUUAAGUCGAACGCAUAAUACGUUGUUAAAUCUGGCAUGCAUUGUGCUUAUGUUAACACAGGGCAAACGUACUGUUAUCUUUUCAGCUACCUCGUUCCUUGACUGUGGUAUAGGACAGCUACUUUAGCUCAUUUAAGGCUGGUAACUAGCUGGUCCAGCUGACAUGGCAGAAAACAGGGGAACAGGUGGAACAUAACUUCAGAGCGAUGUACUUUUAUUCAGAGCCGCUACACACAACCGCUGCGAUGCACGGCAGUGGACUCUCUCUCGCCGUGCUUGGCAUUGGCAUUAGAUUGUUUAUGCCUACUUUUCAUACCGUACGCCAUGUUUUUUUUUCUCAAAGUCUCUGUUCUCAUUCGCAUAGACCAGCUCUCACAAGACCGUUUUUCAAGGCACCCGGUAGAAAGGAAUCGUUAAGGGAAUUGUAAGAUAAAAUGUAAAUGAUGUCAAUCGGUUAAACCAUUUGGAACCGGUUUUCAACUCUCAUCCCUAUCCCUGAGACGGUAAAUGCUUAUGUGAUCGUAUAAACCCUCUUGUUCAGAUGUUUGUUUGUUGUCGUGUUCUGACUUUAAUUUGAUCCUUUUUUAGCUCAAAGUGAAGGUAUCCACUGAGGUGGCUGUCAGUAACAUGGACCUCUCGGUGGUGGACAAGGAUCAGAGCAUCGGCACAAAAACCAGCAGGUCCAGGAAAAAGUCUGAAAAGUGACACGGUUUUCUCUGACCCUUUAUCUCGCAACUAAAAACACUGACUGUUUCUUAUUAAACAACCCAGGGUGGACUAUCCCUCCAAGGCCAAGACUCCCUUCACAGCCGACAGCCACCAGAACUUUGCCAUGUCCUUCCAGUUGAUUGACAUCAACACCGGAGUGGAGCUCACCCCUCACCAGGUUUGUAAAUAUUCUGUCAUCCUUUUAUGAACCAUUUGGAAAGAAAUGAGCUUCCAGUCUUGUUUAGGAUCAACAAUAAGACCUGUUAAUUCUCUCUGAACAGAUAUUUGUCCGGCUGCACAAUCAGAAAACUGGCCAAGAGGUUGUGUUUGUGGCCGAGCCCGACAACAAGAAUCUGUACAAGUUUGAGUUGGAUACAGCAGAACGGAAAUCUGAGUUUGAUUCCAUCUCUGGUACCUAUUCCCUCUAUCUCAUUGUUGGAGAUGCUACUUUGGAGAAUCCCAUUUUGUGGAAUGUGGUGAGUGUGUUCAGACAUUGUGGUUAUUUUUUAAUUGAUACUGCACGUGCAGACGGGUUAUAAGUUUCUUUGGGCCCUGAAGUUAAGUUUUCAUCCUUCUGAAGGCUGAUGUCAUCCUGAAGUUUGUGGACGAGGAGGCUCCAGCCACCAUUCAACCCAAAACUCUUUACGUACCGAAGCCAGAGAUCCAGGUAAAAAUACUCAAACUGACUUUGUUUGUACCAGAUCAUGAUGAGGGAGAAAUCAAGCAGCAUGCAGAAGGAUCAUUUCAUCUGUUCUAAACGGUUUCUUCUUUCUUCAGCACUUAUUCAGGGAACCAGAGAAGAAGCCUCCCACAGUGGUUUCCAAUACCUUCACUGCACUCGUCCUGUCUCCUCUCCUGCUUCUGCUCGUCCUGGUAACGCUGAAAAACCAUUCUCCACAAUGGGUCAUGUUUUGUUCUUUUGUUUUUCAUUCUGCGUCGCUGAAGGGCAACCCGUGUCAGUGAAACAUGAGAAAAUGAACCUCAAACCUAAAAAAAAAACAACCUCCCUUCAUUAUUAGGCAAAAGCUUUUUCCUAAUAAGCAAUCGCCUUUGUUGAUGUGGUACACACUGAACAGCUCUUCAGAAGAAGCCUUCAUACUCAUUGAAUGAGGCUCCAGAACUGCAUUAAUACGAUGUGUAUUUUAAUUUGAAAUCACAAAAGCUAGGCUGUGUUUUUUUCCCUGGCAUUUGUCGCGGUGAGUAACAGUUAUUGUUGCAGCGAAUCAGUGCAUUGUGUGUUUGGUGGUAAACAAUUUUUCAGGCCUUUUGUUUACGGCUCUUGCAGUGGAUGAAAUCACAUUGUCUUUUAUUCCCCCUCUCUUCUGUAGUGGUUAAAGCUCGGAGCCAACAUUUCCAACUUCAGCCUCUCCCCCAGCACUAUUCUGUUCCACGUGGGACACGCAGGUUAGUCCCCACAAAAUCACAUGUUUAUGACAGAUAUGACUGUUUUUACAGCCUCGUCAUCCACUAUUCUUCUGCCGCUGUUCAGGACGAGAAGUGAAUUGCGAUAAUGACUGUGUGACAUCCUGCAUCAUCACAAUUAUUUUCAGCAAUGUGUUAUUCAUGAAAUUUCACAUCCGAACCCACAAUAUGAGAUCCGCCACCAACUACAGCGACAACAUCUCCACAACACGAACUGAGUUUAUGUAACAGCGAGGUGUCCGGAAUAGAGUCAUGUGAAAGUUUUAUCCAUAUAUCCAGAAAACUGCAUAGGAAAUGCAGAUUAAUGUUCAUUUUUAUUCUGUAUGUUUUUUUUCCAAGUUAAUUUAAAAAUAGAUGAUAUAGAUUUUACCAACAUGUACAGUCUUUUUUUUUUUAAAUAAGUUUUAUUAUAGGCAAUACAAAAACAAAGAAACAGACACAGACACAGGUGUAUCCAAAGAUAUACAACAAAGAACACACAAUUUACAGACAAAAUAUCUUCACAAGGAAAGUAAAUACAACAGUUCACAAUAUAACAAAAGAAAGACAAACAAAAGUAGACAAAGGCCUUCUGUCCCUGCAGUUUAUAUUACUACCAGCCUUCAGCAUGACUCAAAGUUUUCAAUCCGCGUUCAAAAGUUACACAUUAUUCUUUGUUUCUGUUGAUAUCUUUUUCAAAAGUCCAGUGAAAUUUCAAAAACAUUUUGAACGGUCGAUAUUUAAUUUUUGUUUUUUUUUGUAAUUUUAAAUAUAAAGGUUUUCCUCGUCAUAGUGAUGAUAUAAUUCAAGUCUUUUUCUUCCAUUUCAUUGCUUAAAUCACCAAACAUAAUCGCUAAAGGGCAGCUAUAAAUCCAUUGACCUACAGUUAAACCAAAAAUUGACCUACAGUUAACAAUAAAAACAGAUGAAGAUUGUUCCUCUUCACAAAAUCUGCGUAAGUCACAUUCUUGAUUUCCCCAUUUUUUAAGUCUUUUUUUUUUUUUUUUUUUUUUUGGUGGGCAAAUAACUAACUUUUCAACUGUAUAAUUCUAAUAGAAACAUUAAAAGUGGUCGUAUAAAUAUUUAUAAAAACCUUUUUCCAUGGAAUACAUAAAUCAAAGAGAUCAUCUCUUUUUUUAACAUAUAUAGCUCAUGCCAAUAUGUACAGUAGUCUUUACAGACAAAUAUAUCCUUGACUUUGAAUAUUUUCUCUGGAAAUAGCGGUAAUGUGUGUAACUUUAGCCGUUUAAGGCGUUUAAAAACACAAAAUUGCACCCUGUCGGUUUUGUGAGGAGCUCAAAACCUCUCAGGAUGCUUUUUAACCGUUUAUUUUGAUGGUUCAAUUUUUUUGUAAUUCACUUACCAACAUACAUGAAUGUGAACAGUAACAGGACAACAACAUAACAUGAGAAAAAAAAAAAACAAAUCACACCCACAGAAAAACAAUUGUUUAUUAAAAAAAUACUUUAAAAAAAUAAACUAAUCCAAAAUAACGACAGUUACAUUUUUGAGAAAUGUUAAACAGCAGCAAAUUUUAUUUUCAGUGUUCAUAUUCAAGCCUGCUUGCUUGUUUCAUUUUAGCCAUGCUGGGCCUGAUGUACAUCUACUGGACCCACCUGAACAUGUUCCAGACCCUGAAGUACCUGGCAAUUAUCGGUGGGGUCACUUUUCUCGCUGGCAACCGCAUGCUGGCCCAGAAGGCUGUGAAGAGGUACGUCUCCUGAUGGUUCCUGGAACAAAUGGAUCUUAGAGGGUGCUUAAUCCCGGAGAGACAGCCUUGCCCUUCUUAGAUGAUGAGGACUCUGGUGCUUUAAGACCUCUUGGUAGUUCUUAUCCUGAAACCUGAGGAAAAGUGCCUAUUCCAUUUCAGUUGCUUCUGAGUGGGUCUCUCAAGGCAGAUUUCAGUGCCAGGCUCCCUCCCAGGAGGAAAUCUCAUGCCUACUUGGAGCAGGAAAGUAGCUUGGCAGCAAAAAUCUGCAAGAGUGAUGAUCAAAGUGCGCAAUUUCCUCACCAUCAACAUGUAGAACCCUCAGAGGGCCAAAGUGAGCAAUCUGUAGCUGUGUCACUGACCCCAAGACUCUCUAAUUGUUGACUUUGACUUCCUGCUGUUCUAACAGCCUGUUUAACCCUUCAAAAGCAAAUACAGCAAUUGCAAUUAAUUAAUUCCCAUGAAUCAUUUUCUGGCAAGGAUCUCUUUUCCGUCUUCUUCCCUGCUAAUCUGUGUCUCCUUUCAGCUGGUGCCUCUGUCCCUCGAUCUUUCAAUCAACACGUGCUGUCUCUUUACUCCUUUUUCAGGAUUGCUGCCGAGCAAAGUAGUAGGUUGGCAAAAUAUAGGAGUCUACGAUAAAGCCCCCCCAUUUGUAACAAAUGAGUCGGUCAUUCUUCCAGGCUGAAGUAAGGGCAUCCUCCUAGACUGCAUCCCCAGUGCAUCUCCAUGGCUGGCAGCAUGCAUGGCUGUGUGGUGCCUCACUCAUUAUAACUCCGAGUGUUCACAUGUACUUGCUGCCUUCCCCUGGUUCGCUUUUCAGUCAUCCCACCAUGAUCAUUACCACCAUAAUCAUGCUGGCACUUGAUAUUUCCCCCAUUGUUGUCUUGACAACUAUGGUUCUAGUUCUGCCAUUGAAUAGAGCGCCGUGUUUCGUGUUGAUGUGCCAAAAAAUUAACUGUCCUGAUCUUAGACAUUUGUCAUCAAAGUUUCUCUGUUUGUUGUGGACUGGUACUCAUCAAAAUGCAUGACAAACCUUUUUCAUAACUAGAUUGAAAAAAAAAUUUUUUAUUGACAAACACUAACUUUAUUUUCUCUCCCACAGAAUUGAGAAAAAAUAAGGGCAAGAAAAUUGAAAGAGGACACUGAUGGAGCUCAUGUUGUUUCAAAGGAGUCACUUAACAUUGCAUCAAAUCGGACUUAAAAACUCAACGUGGGAGUUCAAGAAUCCAAUCGGCAGUUUAAACAUGCAGUUUGUCAGCGUUGCCAAAAUGGAAGAAAUCACGAUAUCACGGCGUCUCUGAGGACAAAACGCUCACCGACAGAUCCUCCUCCUGAGGACUGUAAAGCUACUGAUCAUUGCACUUCAUCUUCCUGUGAGAUUUGUGUUCUUAUUGUCCAACAUGCCAGAGUUUCCUGAGAGACCUGGGGUUUUUAUUUGUGGUUUCUUGGUGGGUUUUUAUUUGAUUUGUGGUUAUAUUUUGUACAUUCCUCUUUGUAUUUUUCUGUGCCCGUUUCCACCUCAAAACAAAAGCUGUAAGUCAACAUUUUUCAGCUGAUCAUUUAGCCACUGGCAGCAGCAUUGACACAUUGAUCUUUACUUGCCAUGCCAGUGUGUUUUGAAUGCCCCACUUUUGUGGGAGCAGGUCUUUGAUACAAAGUUGGUUUACCCUUAAAAAAAAGUGAAUAACUCAAAAUGGGCAAUGUGAGAGUUUUUUUGUAAUGAGGAAGAGGAAAUAAAGAAUUUGAGGGGAAUCUGAGUUUGUG